GCACAAAUUUAUCUUGCUAAAUGUUAUUAUGAUGGAUAUGGUAUUAACCGUGGUAAAAGAAUGUCAUUUGAUUGGUGUGAAAAAUCUGCGAAUAAUGGAAGUAUAAUUGGAAAAUUUUAUCUAGGAUAUUGUUAUGAAUUUGGUAUUGGAAUAAUGAAUAAUGAAAAAAAAUCAGUUUAUUGGUAUAAAGAAGCUUCUAAAAGAAAUGGAUGUGAAUUUGCACAAUUUAAUUUAGGUAAAUGUUAUCAAUUAGGAACAGGUGUAAGAAAAGACACAAGAAAAGCCUUUGAAUUAUAUAAGAAAUCAGCUAAACAAGAUAAUAAUAAAUCUCAACUUCAAAUUGGAAAUUGUUAUUUUGAAGGAAUUGGAACAGAAAUUAAUAAAACAAAAGGUAUUGAAAUAAUCAAAGAAUUGGCUGAAAAAGGAGAAAGUUGUAGUAGUCAAAAUUAUUUAGGAGAAUUAUAUGAGUUAGGUAGAAGUAUAAAUAAAGACUUAAAACAAGCUUCUUACUGGUAUUGUAAAGCAACAGAAAAUGAAUGCACGAUAGCAGAAUAUAAUUUGGGCAAAUGUUAUGAAAAUGGAAAUGGUGUAGAAAAAGAUGAAAGAAAAGCAUUUGAAUAUUAUAAAAAGUCAGCAGAUCAAGAAUAUUUAUAUGCUCAAUUUCAACUUGGAUGUUGUUAUUCUAAAGGAAUUGGAACAAUAAUUGAUAAAACAAAAGCAUUUGAGUCAUAUAAAAACGCAGCUGGUCAAGGGUAUUUAUAUGCUCAUUUCCAGCUUGGAAAUUGUUACCUUAAUGGAAUUGGAACAGAAGUCAAUAAAAUGAAAGCAUUUGAGUCAUAUGAGAAGGCCGCUAAUCAAGGAUAUAAAGUUGCACAAUAUAUUUUAGGUAUUUACUAUCAAAAUCGUAAAAGUGCAGAAAAAGAUGUAGUUAAAGCAUUAGAAUAUUAUAAAAAGUCAGCUGAUCAAGGGUAUUCAUACGCUCAAUUUCAACUUGGAAAUUGUUAUCUUAGUGGAAUUGGAACAGGGGUUGAUAAAACGAAAGCAUUUGAGCUAUAUAAAAGAGCAUCUGAUAAAGGACAUAAAGUUGCCCAAAAUAACUUGAGAUUAUCAUAUGAGAAUGGUAAAGGUACAAAAACUAAUUUAGAAAAAGCUGUUUACAUCAAAGCGGCAGAAACCAAAAAUAAAAUAUCACAAUAUAAUUUAGGUGAAUGCUAUGAAUUAGGAAAUGGUGUGAAUAGAGAUGAAACUAAAGAAGCAUUUGAAUAUUAUAAAAAAUAUUAUAAAAAAUCAACUGAAAAUGAAUUUAAAGAAGUUGAUUUAAAAUAUGGAUGUCAUUGUUUAAUUAGUAAAAGAAGUGAAAUUAAUAGAGAAAAAGAAUUUGAAUUAUAUAUUGAUGCACAUAACAGUAAUUUUGGGAACAUAAUCAAUGAUUUAGAAUUUCUUAAGGUUAGCGAAAUGCAUGACGGCUCUACUUAAUAAUGAGGUUAUAUUUAAAUUAGGUGAAUUUUUGAAUUAGAAAAUAGUAUUGAUGAAAAUAAAGUUGGAGUGUG